AUGAUACCUACUACAAGCUUUCCAUUAGCUCAAAUAGAAUCUGACGAGGAAAAUUGGGAUGAUGUCGAAAUACCUUCUUCGGGUUUAAUAAUAACCGAUAAUAUCUCCGAUGUUCAUACUGAUGACGAUGUCGGUAAAAUAUUAUCUACUGCUACUGAUGAUAUGUCAGGUAUAACGAUAGUUGAUUCUGAUGAUGACGCUGGCAAUAUAUUAUCAUCCACUGUAGCUUUUGAUCAAAAAUCUUUAUUCACUUCAACAAAUAAAAAUCUUCAUCUAUUAGAUGAUACCAAGAUCAUUAAUAACCUUAAUGCUUCGAAUUCGAGUACUCACCAUGAUGAUGAUUUAAAAGUUGUUAAAGCUAUUAUCGGUGAUUUAACAAAUUCUUUAUCUAAUAAUGAAUUCUCUGGAACUAUUACAAAAUUAGGUGGUGAUAAUUCUAAAAAAGUUUUACAUAUGGAUGAUUGGGAUAACGAUAUGGAAAUACCUGAGGCUGUUGAUGUUCCUACCUCUAUUUCUCGUCUUUCUUCGGAAAAAAUUGUCGAAAGUUUUGAUCAAGAUUUUGAUUUAUUAGAUAUGAAUGAUUUAAAUCUUUCAACUGAUGCUUUAAAAAUUAAAUAUUCUUAUGAAAGUUUUGAUGAUUUACAAAUUCCUGAUUCUAUUGAAAAACUUACUUUAUUUCCUCCGAGACAUGUACAAGAUGGUAAUGCUUUUGAACCUGUUCACAAAAAUAUUGUUCCUCGUUCAAUUCCUACUCAACAAAAAAGACCAAGACGACAAUCUUUUACUAUCAAAUUUACUCCUCCUUCUAUUUCUAAUUCAAUUCCUCCUAAUUCAACUUCUGAUUCAUUAAAUUCUUUUAUGAAUGUUGAUUUAUCUCAUUCUAAAGAUUCUUUUCAUCUUAAAGAUUCUUCUCAUUCUAAAGAUUCUUCUUUAUCAUCUGAGAAAAGUUCGACUUCUACAAAUAAUAGUAGUAUUUCAAGCAAUAAUCGUUCUUCACCUUCUUUAUCAAAAAAAGUUUCAAAAAAAAAUUGCAAUUCAUCUUUUGUAACACCUUCACCUUCUCCAAAUAAGAUAGUGUCACAUUCAAAAAAGGAUACUAAUGUGAUAUCAAAACGUCCAUCUACCGUUUCACCUAAAACUUCCUCUUCUCCUCCUUUGAAAAAGUGCAAUACAAAAUCUAUUAUAAAGAAUUCUACUACUUCAAAAUCACGUACUACUUCAACUUUAAAGACUUCAAACUCGAAUGUUACUGGUAACGUUAAAGAAAAUUUCAAUCCUUCAUUAAAAUCAAAAAAGUCUACUACUUCUACCAAGUCUUUAUCAACAACAAAAUCCAUAAAUUCUGCAAGACUUUCAAAAAUGGCUUCAUCUCCUUCAUUAAAAUCUUCAAAUCUUUCUGGUUCUUCUCCUUUAACAAAACAUGCAAACAAUUCUUCAAUUUCAUUAACAAGUCCUACUCAUUCUCGUGUAAAAUCCGCUCCAAUGUCAAUUUCUGUAACUUCUUCAGUAAAUAAGACUAAUUCAAAAAUUCAAAAAAUUCAAAAAAAUUCGGCUUCUAAAACUUUACGUAUUAUGCUUAAACCAAAUAAUUCUCAGAAUUAUGGUGAUGGAACUGAAUUAGAUGCUUUUGAUGAUUUACCUAUUUGUUUGGAUAAAGAACGGGCUUAUAAAAAAUAUCCUACAUCUCCGGGUUUUGAUGCUAAUUCUGGCAUUUUGUCGAAUAGAAAAAAUAGUGCUUCUUCGAUUGGAUCAAAGACUUCAACAAGAAGCAAUACAGAAUCUCGAAUGAAUUCAAAUAGUAGUAAAAAGAAAAAUCGACAAAAAAAGCCACAUCUGAUUCGUAAUUUGAAUUCUGAAACAAAUUCAAAAGUAAUUGGCGAGAUGGUAUAUAACCCAGUUUUACAAAGAUGGGAUGGCAAUGAAUCAAUUCUAAAAGAUUUUGACCCAUCUCCACAACGACCUGCCUUAAUAUCAAACAUGAAUCCUCAAUCAACCAACACAAAAUCAUUACAAGUCGUUGGUAAAAUGAUUUUUGACCCUGUAAAAAUGUGUUGGUUUCAUUAUUCUGCAAAAGAUAAUAAUAAUUCUAUGUCAUCUGAAGAAGAAGAAUUAUUAGCUUUAUUUGAUUCUGAAGAAGAAAUUGAUCUCGAAAAUACUGAAAACAUUGAAAUUAUUGAAAAUACUAAAAAUACUGAUAAUCUUGAUGAAUCUUCUAAAUUUAAAUUUCAUACUUCAUAUGGUGAAACUUUUGGAAUGAACAAUGAUGGAAAUGAUGAAUUAUGGAAUGGUUUAGCUUCGGCAUCCUUGGUAUUUAGUGAUGGUGAUCAUAAUGAAAUAGUAUGUAGUGCUGAAGGAAGAAGACGUCGUCGAAUCAUUCCAUCAGGAAAUGGAAAUAAACAAACUAAUGAUACUAAUGGUGAUGGUUUUGAUGAUAAUAAUGAAUUUCAAGUUGGUUCCGAAUUUGAUGUAUCAAAAGGAUUUUUAGCUGCUUUGAUGGCUUCGGAACGACAACAUAAAAAAGAAAUGAAUCGUUGGUAUCCAGCUAUUAGAAGUAUUAGAAAUGAACAAAGAUUUGGUUUGAAAGAUAGUAUUUGUCAAAGAGGAUUUUUAUAUGAAAUUAAGAAUCCCGCUAUUGUAAAUAGUUUGACAGCUCUAAAUUCGGGAAAACAACAUAGAAAAAGUAUUUCCAAUGGAACCUUGCCCAAUAACAACACUAAAUCAUCGAUCUCAAAAUAA